AUGACAGAAAAAGCGGCGAACACGUCCUACAUAAGAGCGGAUGAUGCCGGCCGCCGGGAGACAGCAUGCCGUGACGGCUCAGUCGAAGCUUUUCGUGCAUCUGCUCCUGGCGUGAACCGCAAAGAACACCCGGCUGAGACUCUGGCGCCUCCAGACAGUUUGGAGCCAGGCGGAACUGUCGAGGUGCUGGGCAACGCUAGUGACCUGGCCUCGAACGCAGCGACUGUCAUGCACGCUGUCGAAAUGUCUCCGGUGGGCGGACGCCGUGGUGAACGCGUUCCAAAGACCAGGGGCUGGUCACGACCUACUGUUCGCAUACGAUCGCUUGAACAGAACGAGGCAGCGGGAGUGAGCAACCAUGUAGAUCGAAGUUCACUGACGCUGUUGCCGGAUGAGAAGCAUCUCGAUGUCCUGUAUGAAGACGACGACAUCGUGGUGAUUAACAAACCCGCAGGCCUUCUCACACACCCGCCCCAAUUAACUGUCGGAAACGGCGCGUUCCCAGAAACGUUUCUUCCUCUAGCCAAGCAAGCUGCUUUCCGGGGACUAACCCGCGAGGCGUGCAGUGUGGCUUCUCGCCAGACUAAGGCACCCCCCCCGCCUUUCCAAGAGAGCAGUCGUGAUGCCCGUGAUGAAGAACCUGUGGAAGUGCCUACAGAUCCUGCAGCGGACAGUAUAGGCGGGCCAUCUUCGAUGCGAGUGUCCAGCGUGCAGCUUGCUCUUCCGGAGGAAAUAUCGAGACCGGCUUCUAUAGUGCACAGGCUUGAUAUUGGAACCAGCGGUGCUCUCGUGGCUGCAAAGACCAUUGCCGCAGCGGAAAAUCUGAAGUACCAGUGGGCAGAGAGGAAAGUCCUCAAAGGGUACAUCGGACUCUGUGCCCCAGAAAUCCACAAGCUCCAAGAGGUUGAUGCCGCAAUCCGAAGGCACCCAGUGCAGAGAGGGAGAAUGGAAGCUUUGAUUAACGACAGCAGAUCCGGUUUCCAUGAGACGGUGUGCGACGAAAAAGUCGCACAAAACUGUCAGUCUAAUUCUCGCCUUGGUGCAAAACCAGGUGUCUCCGUGUUUGCUCCGCUCGGAGGCAAUGGCGUGUACGGCAUGUUCGCCGCACUGGCACUCACAGGAAGAACCCAUCAGAUCCGAGCACAUCUGGAGUACAUUGGCCACCCGCUCCUGGGAGAUCCUGUUUAUGGCAACCAGACAGUUAACGAACAGUUUCGGAGUGCACACUGGGACUGCAUCGUCUGGAGAGAUGAAGAUGAACCAAUUAACGUGACAUUCCCGCAGGUGGUGUGA